AUGCGAGGACCAAGUCCAGAUGUGCACUUGGAACAGGACGACACUUACUUACCGGAGGUCUGGGCAUGGUACGCCAUUGGCGUUUUUGUGAUCCUCCUCCGAUAUGCGGUGCGCCUUCGAACUGUCGGAAUUAGAGGGUUCCGCGGUGAUGACUGGCUUGCCUUGCCUUACCUCAUAUUAUACACUUUGAAUGUUUAUAUUGUUCAGAUUACAUAUCACACUGGGGCGAACAUCGACAUUACUCCCGAGAUGGUCCCUAAGCUUUCGGAUCAUGACGUCGAAAUCCUCGAGCUUGGGUCGAAGCUGGAGUUUAUGUCCUGGUAUUCUUAUCCGGGAUGCAUCUGGGUAUUGAAGUUUACUGUUUUGUUCUUUUACAAGCGCUUGACGCUCGGAAUCCUGCGACGCAAGACGCUAAUCGGGCUCUUCUGGCUGUGUGGUCUGUCGUACAUAGCCUUGUGCUUGACUAUUACGCUGAGUUGUUCACCGUAUUCCGAUAACUGGCGAAUACGACCGUUGCCAGGACCAGAAUGCACGUUCCGACCGCAAAAUUUCUGGAUGCUGCUCUGGCUGAACGUGAUUACCGACGCUGCCCUCCUUUCGAUCCCGGUUCCAAUCUUGUGGCAUCUUCGAGUAUCUCUUGGACGCAAGAUCGGAGUCGGCGUUCUAUUGUCAUCGGGUCUUUUCGUCAUAUCAACAGCAGUCGUGCGAGCUGUUUCCACACUAACCGGAGCGCCGUCCGUCAUCAACAUCAACCGCUGGGGUUUCCGCGAACUCGCCGUCGGCCUCAUCACCGUCACUGCACCAGCGUUAAGCCCGCUUUUCACAAGGGCAUUCUGGCGUCGCGGAGCCUAUAUACGAGAUUACUAUGACCGACUACAACAGCCUCGGUCACCGGCGAAUAAUGCGAGGUUUGGUAAUUGGCUUGGAACAAUAGUUUUGCGCUACAUUGAUGAGGAACAGGGUGAGCCCUUUCGAGACCCCAACGCAGCAAAGGCCUUGGAGGAGGCCGGAUAUGUGGAUUGGGUCCAGCGACAAGAUGAUGCUGGAAGGAAGAGAAGCCAGGAAACCUAUGAAUUGGAGCUUCGGAGUGGCGACACGAGCACGAAAAGUAUCAAGGGUGUCGAAACUGCAUGA